AUGCAGGCGCUGGUCGACCUCGCGGAGUACAUACUCCGCCACGGUCAUUGGCCCACCCAGGUAGAACUGCUGGCCUACUUCCUGGUGCCGAAGCCGCGCGAGGAUGGGCGUCGGCCGCUGGCCCUUCUAUGCUCCCUGGUCAGAGUGGUGGAAACAUUGAUGGCCGAUGAGUAUCGCAAAUGGGAAGAGAUGGUGGCACGGCCCUAUGACUGGGCUAGCAGAGGCAAAGGUGCGGAGGACGCGAUGUGGGACCUCAUGCUCAGGGACGAGAGCUGCCCAGAGGACCACAUCAACGUAGCUGUAGUGAAAGACUUGUCCAAGGCGUUCGAGCACGUCACUAUGAGGCGCCUGUGGGAGCACGGGCGCAAGCUCGGGAUGCCAGAGCAGGUGCUCCACUUCAUGAUUUCGAUCUUCACAGUGGAGAGGGUCGCCACGCUGGAUGGUGUGGUACGUCAAGCUUACGUCGACGACACCGCGCUCCACCUGCAGGGAGAGCGAGAGGCAGUGGUGCACGAGGCGAAGGAGUCAGCGAUGGCAUACAUUCAGGCAGCAGAGGCAGAAGGCCUCCCUCUGUCGCUCACCACGCACAAGAACGGCGUCACAAAGAAGGGCAAGAGCUAUGUCUGCACGGCAGACAAGCAGGCCAAGGCCAAGUUCAAACUCUGGGCGAAGGACUGGGGCCUGGAGAUACAAGAUGUGGGUGUGCAGCUGGGAGUGGACUUCACGGGUGGUGUGGGCGCUCAGCGGCGGCCCAAGCAGAAGGAGCGAGUAGAGGUCAUGGUCACUAGGGGCGCAAAGCUGAACAUCCUUAAGAAGCAGGGCGUCAGCAUGGGCACGGCUACGGUAGCAAAGCUUGGGUUCUUGCCGUCCAUACGCUAUGGGGUGGCUUGUAUUGGAGCGCCACCGAACCUCAUCGAGAGGGCUCGCAUCGACAUGUCAAUGGCGCUGAGCGGCGAGGCCAUGGGCAAGGAAGGCAUCAGCGAGGCUGGCCGCGACAGGCACGGUGGCAUGGUCGGCAGUCAGAGGACCAGCAGAGGCAGUCCCGAGGACCCCGCGUGGCCCCGGCUGGUCAUGACCUGCGCCGUGGACGCUGCUCACACCAGCGGAGCGCUGCUCAAGAAGCGCAGGUGGGCUGCGCAUCAAGGCGCCAUCAAGGCCUACGUGGAGCAGGACUACUGCGCGCAGGCCAAGCUCCAGCAGCCAGGCACAGUAGCGGGCGGCAUCUGCCAGCAGUCCAUCCGCGCGCUAGGCACUCAGAGGUACCGCUUCGGACGUUGCGAGGCCCAUGAGGAGAGCAUGGCCAGGCUCGCAGACAAGCAUGCGGGCAUCGUGCAGCGCGGCCUGGUGGCGCACCCCAUCCAGGACAUAGAGAGCGACGCGCAGAUCGAACUGUACCAGGCGGUCAACGCAGUGGGCGACGACGUCAGCGAGGACGACGUCAUGCCGUUCAUUCCGGGGGUCUGCUUCACUGACGGCUCGGGCAAAGGCACCAACACGCUCAAGGGCUACGGCUGGGGCUACAUGUGGUUUCAGGAGCCAGCGGGCGUAGGCCAAUGCACGGCGCUUGGAGGAGCGAGCGGUAGCCUGCCAGGAGUACGAGCUGACCUGUCGGUGGGGCGGGCUGAGCUCCAGGCCAUCUGGCACGCCCUGAGCAGAGCAACGGCACCCACCAUGCUGGUCACCGACUACGAGAUGGCGGUGAGAGGCAUGAGGAGGGGCCGACAGUGGUGCACGGCGCCGCAGAGGAGCAAUUGCGACAUCUGGAUGCGCAUCUGGAACGUUGUGGAUGAGUCCUUCCCGAACAUGGACGGCCUCACGGUGGUGCAUGUACGCUCGCACGGCAGAGGGCAGAACGCUUCCCAUGUGCACGGCAACAGGAUCGCAUAUGAGUUGGCGGUCGAAGGAGCGCAGCUGGCCAUGCCGCCGCAGUGGCAAAUAGACGUCUGGCAGGACCGCUGGAAGACAGUACAGCAGGUGCUGGCCUUCGUGGCAGACGUGGCGGUGGAGGUCGGCGACUUCGGGGACGUCGCGCUGCCCGCAA